AUGGAAGCGUCGGCAGUCCAUGAGCUGCUGGAGGAGCUUCACCCGUCGCUCCCAAGAAGCAGCAGGAUCUGCGUUGUCGGGGGAGGACCCAGCGGUGUCUCCGCAGCGUAUGCGCUGUGGAAGCUGGGAUAUGAGCAAGUCACACUUAUUGAGAAGCACCACACCGUGGGAGGAAUGUGUGAGAGCGUGGACAUCCAAGGCCGACCGUAUGACUUGGGUGGUCAGGUGAUUGCCCGGGAGAGUGCUCCCAACAUCAAGCAUCUCGCGCAAGUGGCCAGGGUUGGCAUGGAAGACAUGGCGGCUCACAAGCUCAGCCUUGUCGACUCCAAAACUGGCACGUACCAAGAUCUUGGGAUAGCCAGAGACUACAUCUCCAUGAUCCAGAUCACUCUUGACCUUCAGGCACAAGCAGCAUCAACUGGUAAAACUGGAGUUCACGCACUUAGCAGCCUUGCACCGGAGACAGCAGCCGAAUUUGCGGCCAAGCACGGCAUGGGAAGAAUACCAGAGGCUGUUGCCACUGGUUACACGGCUUCUGGAUAUGGCUUCCCACACGAGCAGGAUAUCCCCUAUGCGUAUUUGCACGAGUUCGUUCGCACCUCAAUGUUUGGGAAGGUUUGCAGGAUCAAGGGCGGCUACACCGGCUUGUGGCAAGGAGUGGCGAGGCUGCUACCUCGCGUGCGAUUGAACACCAGAGUCACGGAGAUCCGGAGACGAGGAUCCGGCCGAGGAGUCACAGUUUGCACUUCAAGCUCGGACGGGGGCGAGGAAUCAGAGGAGCUCGAGUUCGACAAGAUCGUCAUCUCGGGAGCGAUACCCUUUGCUCCACCAGGCGCGGAGCUAAUGACACUUGGAGACGAAGAAGCCAGCCUCUUCAGCAGGGUCCGGACUAUGGACUACUACACAACAGUUCUGGAGAUCUCGCGAUUCGAGAAUAAAUUCCCGGCCGGAUUUUACUAUUUCAAAGACAAUGUUGAAGAUGCAAAGGAGAUUGGUCACCCGGUGGCCAUGCAAAAAUUCUAUGCCGACACCAACAUCUAUCUCUUUUGGUCGUAUGGGAAUGCUCAAGUCAGCCAGGAGAUGAUGACCGCGCUGUUGCUCCAGGACGUGGCACGUAUUGGUGGCACUGUGGAACGCAUUGUCUUGCAGAGAAAAUGGAACUACUUCCCCCACAUUGGCUCGCAAGAUAUGAGAUCUGGAUUAUACGACCGGCUUGAAUCGCUACAAGGAUGCAACGAUACUUACUAUGUAGGAGGCCUGUUUGCUUUCGAGCUCACGGAGCGCAAUGCGGCGUACGCGAUGAACCUCAUCGCCAAGAACUUUGGAACGCCCGCAAAAGUCAAGGUGGAACUUUUUCUUCUGCGUUUCUCAGCUUUAAGCAAACUUUGCAGAACUUGA